AGUAAAGGAAACGUCAAACGCGAAUAACCAUUCGACAUUCGACAUUGAUGCGCAUCGGCGAUCGAGCGCACUGUAACCAACGCGUAAACAUUGAGUAACGGAUAAAUCACAAAAUACAAUUUAAUUUACACAAUAUUGUUGUUUAGAUUACCUUAGCGCCUCAGUUUAUCGUCAGUAGCGCCAUUUCAAGAAAACCCGUUUUAGUAACAAGUGUUCAUUCGUGUUGAAAAAAUUACUUUGAAUACGUCAUUUAUUUUAUUUUGAAUACAAUUUCUGUAAUUCUGUGAUGUGUCUCUUAAUGUGAAGAGUUCUUCAUAAAUUUUGUUGAUAAAUCCUACACAAUGCCGACGAGUGCCGUAUACCAACCUACCACUGUAACCUAUGAACAGCAACCAACAGAUCAGCGAUGGAAUUGCCCAAUCAGCUACUUCUCACGAAGAGUGACAAGUAGCCUGAACAGGGCUCUCUGUAUAAGGCUGGCGUUAUGUCUACUGGGAAGCACUCUCUUUAUUAUCGGUCUAGCUCUUCUAAUUGCUGGUGGCUUGCAGUACUCCAAUUCACCAACGCAAGAAACAGAUAACGGUCUUGGUGCCCUCAUUGCUGGUGGUGUCAUUCUUUGCAUCGGAUUGUUGUUUGCAGGCGUAGGUGGAUGGGCCUGGUCGGCUCGCUGGGGCGGCGGCAAGGAGGCUCCGACGAGUGGGGCGGCCGCUCUCACGGCUCUCAACCCUUCGACUGACCCCCUGGUCGCGGCGCAGUACGCCCCCGUGCGGGAUGCACCGCCAGCUCCUGACGAUGAGAUGCGGAACCUCAUGGAUAAUAAGGAGUGUUUGAGCAGCGCCGAAGAGAGUGAUAAAAUGUUGGAUGGAAGACCAUCAGUGGCAUAAAUCACUGAGCUUGUUUGAAUAAAACAAGCACUGUUUAUGUUCCCCCCUCUUCUAUUAAGACUUAUUUUUAUUGUGACGAUUAAGUAUGCGUUCGAAAAUUUUUAUAUCGAUAGCAUAAUCCCAUAAAGAUAUUUCCAAAUAAAACUAAUUUCCCUGAAAUUAUUUUUAAGAUCAAUGAUUUAUGUCUAUUAUAUUGUGUUUGAUAAAGAAUUUUACGUUGUUAGGUUACGUCACAGGUGUUCAAAAAAGCAUGAAACCUCUAUUUAUUUAUAACAUUGAUGGUUUAAAUGCAUUCUCUGGUACAAAGUGAAAAAUAUGUUUACAUUUAUUAUAAAAGAUUAUGUUUUAUACUUUUAUUUUAUAUUUUCUUUUUUAUAUACACCUUUUCCCUGUAUGUUUUAGAAUUAUCCCAUGUUUCAUUUCAUAACACUUGAUACAUGUUAAGAUAGUAUUCGUGAUCGAAGACAUGUGGCCAAAUUAUCGUCCAGAUAUUUAGAUAAGAUAAAAUGUUUUUCCUUAUUAUUAAUAUUAAAGCAUUUCUUGUCUAGAUGUUAAGAAAUAAUUGUAAAAAAAAACUUUGAGGUCACUAUUUAAAAUGGACAUUGUAACGAAUAUUCUUGGUAAAAAGUAUUACAUGUUUAUGUGUGAGUAUUUAAUAACUGUAUUUACUGUAGUCAAAUUCAUCGGCGUACGUUAUUUUCCUACACUUGUAUCGUGUUUAAGUAGAAUAAGGUAAGACAUUAGGAGAAGUUAAGGAAGGUAGGAAUUAACGUAAUAUGUAAUCUGAAUAUUUUCUCGCUUCUUGUAUCGCUGAACCGUUACAUAUACAAUAAAUUCACAAUUUAACUUGUUAAAACUUAUCAAGUGCUGGCGCUUCAUAAAUUAUUUUUUAAUUUUGCAUAUUCUAUACCUAAAUCAGUCUUAUCAUUAAGAAUGACGCAUAUCCCUACGCAUCAAAAGUUUGAUGCAAUUUCAUUUACCAUUUUUAUUUUUAAAAAUGUUGUUACUUUGCUUUACGAGUAAAAAUAAUAUUUGGCAGCAAUUUGUUAUAUUUUCGUAUAAAUGCCCGUCCUUUUAGAUUUAGAUCCUUAACUUUUGUUAUAAAUUAAUUUACACGUAAUAUAACAUCAAAUUCGUAAAAUUCGCAAAAAUGCUUAUUUUAACUAGGUAGUGAAUGGAGUGGUUGUGUUAUGUAUGUAAACUGUAAUCAUAAGCAUUUAUUAUUUAAUUUUUUAUUGAUAUUAUAAUAGCUCUCUUCAAAUUCGUUAUCGCAAUAUAGAAAUGUGCAAUUAAUUAAUUACAUCACAAAGUUGAUAAAGAAUUUAU